AUGGUCAACUACAACUUUCUCAUGUUCGCCGGCCUGGCUGCCGCUCUUCCGCUUAAUAUCAACUUGGGGGCGUACUCCCCUGCCUUGGUAGUUGGUGAUGGUGAAAUAAGCUUCGGAGGUAAACAGGACGUCUCAACACUGAUGAAUGCACUUGAAGGCGCUGCGGUUAACGCUGCCGCAGGUGCUGCUUCCAACGCCCCUGUGGCUUCCGCCCCCGCGGCCGGUGAAAAGAAAACAGUUCAAGCUGCCGCUGUUCCCGCUGCUGCUGCUGCUCCUACCAUCGUGCCUACGUCACCGGCUGUCGUACCCACGACCCCCGAAGGCGCCAGCCCGGCGGCAGUCGACACCAGCAACGCUCCCAAGAUUGACCCAACUCUUGCUCAACAAGCCCAGUCCAUCCAGGGCCUUCAAGGCAUGGGCAAGAAGUCGAUCGCCCCUCGCGCCGAGGAGCCGUUUGACGAGAUGGACAUGGAUGAGGAUGAGGAUGACAUCACGGAUGAUAUCACGGAUGCCAUGGCCCUUUUGGACAAGAAGAAGAGAGAUCUUGCCGGUUUCGACAGGGCGCUCAAGUUCUCGGAGGCUGCUUUGACCAAGGGCCCCAAGGUCCAGUUGGGCACUGGUGCUGAGGGCUCGGGGGUGGGCAUUAUUGUGGAUAACAAUGCCAGUACUCGACCUGCUGCUGCCGCCGAAAAGAAGAAGAAGAAGCGCGACGCCGAUGAAACUACCGCCCCUAGACGCAGGACAAAGGUCACGACUAUGUAUGUCCGGAGGGGUAUUCCUGCUUCCCUCCAAAAUAACCCGGAACUCGCAACCCGUGAGGUCGCCCACUCUCACAUCGCCAACGUACCCAUCAAGUUCGCUAAGCGCGAGACUGCCACCACCGCCACUGAAGCGAAGCGGAAUGCUAUUGACUCCGUGAACAUGAACGUUGAUACUAGCAAUGAGGGUGUCACGAUGACGUUUGUCGAGACGCUUGAUGAUGAGGAGGUGGAGGAGGAGGAGGAGGAGCAGAGGUAGGUGGGAAUGAAACUGGGAUGAACAAGAGCAAAUGAUUGAACAGGAAAAUGGAAAGCCAAAACUCAGGAUGGGUGGAUGACAAAAACAAACAGGGGAACAAAUGUGGAGUUGCGGACAAUCAGUUAUGUAUGUUUUCAGGCGUCGGUUGAUGGGUUGUACAGGUGCGGAGCAUUUGGUUGGUUGUCUCGUUUGU